AAUCGAGAAAAGGGUUCGGAGGUAAAAGCUUGAAACGCCGCUUCUUCUUCUUCUUCGUCUUCCUCUAUCUCUCUGUAAAUCACUUCUUCAACCAUCUCUGUGGAUUUGUCUCUAAACAUUACUUGGUGAAGAAGAUGUUGACGGAAGAAGAAAUCAAAAGACUGUACAGAAUCCAGAAGACGUUGAUGCAGAUGUUAAAGGAUCGUGGCUAUUUUAUAGCAGAUUCUGAACUAACGAUGACGAAACAACAGUUUAUUAGGAAACAUGGUGAUAACAUGAAAAGAGAGGAUCUUGUUACUCUUAAGGUUAAGAGAAAUGAUAACAGUGAUCAGCUCUACAUUUUCUUCCCGGAUGAGGCGAAAGUUGGAGUGAAGACGAUGAAGAUGUACACGAACAGGAUGAAAUCAGAGAAUGUGUACAGAGCUAUUUUGGUUGUGCAACAGAACUUGACCCCUUUUGCUCGAACUUGCAUUAGUGAGAUCUCUUCAAAGUUUCAUCUGGAAGUUUUCCAGGAGGCGGAAAUGCUAGUGAACAUUAAAGAACAUGUUCUUGUUCCUGAGCAUCAAGUUCUUACCACUGAAGAGAAGAAAACUUUACUGGAGAGAUACACAGUGAAGGAGACACAGCUUCCAAGGAUCCAAGUGACUGAUCCAAUCGCAAGAUACUUUGGACUAAAACGUGGGCAAGUCGUGAAGAUCAUUCGUCCUAGUGAAACUGCUGGUCGUUAUGUUACCUAUCGUUAUGUUGUAUAAGCCAAAAAAAAAAGCUUUUGUGGAUUGGAUUGCGAAUUGAACGCUAGAGUUGUGAAACAUAAGAGUAAUACUUUUGUACUAAACCAAACUGUUUGACUGUGUUUUAUUUUUGUUUGUCAGAUAUGAGAAUUGAAGCUUGAAACAACUUAUUUGUAUUAGUUUUCUA